CAGGAAGGGCGUGCCGAUGGAGAGGUACGGGACGCAGCGGACGGCGCAUAUUUGGGUCCACUUUAUCAAGAGAAGAGACCUGGAUAAGUACUUUAACAAUUGGAGGGUGGAGUGUCGCCACUGCCGCGAUGCCUACGACGCGCGAACGUCCACACAGGAGAUUGUGUCACUCCCCGAGAUUUUGAUCAGCACGACGCCCAAGAUGAUGUCGCACUUGCGCAGCUGCGUGUACGCUCGAAGAGUACUAGGAAAUAACCUGCCAUCGUCUCCAGUCAGGCUGGAAGUCCCGAAGCGGGGUGCUGCGUCGAAGGAUCGUGAAGGGUCACCCUCUCGCGCCAAAAAGAGAUGCCGCACCAAAUCGGCACCACCACAUCCACCUUCACUUCGCCCGACGCUGCUACACUCUACUGACUUCAAGCACGAAGGAAACGACGACAAAGACUCGACUCCACCCACCACCAUCACUUACAGCACGGCCUACAUUUGGGAACACUACAUUAAACGAACAGACUUGGCCAAGACUCACAACAACUGGUACGUUGAUUGCAAGCAUUGCCGCCGAGCCGCGGAAACCACGGUCCCUCUGUCGUCUCCGCCCCCCGUGUUUGCGUCGGUCAUGACUCGCAUGAAGGCACAUCUGUUCAAAUGCGCCCACAUACCCCCCGAAGACCUCGCGACCUUUCAAAAGACAGACGCUGCGAUGGCACCGUAUCAACCCAAGCGCCGCCCCAAGAACGCUGUCGAGUCACCUCGUCAAGUCCAUGUGAUCGUGUUGCCCCCAAGCGCAGUUCCAGCCACAUCCCGCCUCCAGUCGGACGACUCGAAGCACUUCCAUCAUGCCUUGCCGGCGGACAAUCAACCAGACGACGUCGCGCCCACCAUUGCGGUCACGUGGCUCACAGAGAAAGAGAGGGCGCUGUACGCUGCAUCCACGGAAGGGUUCAUCCACACGGCGGCCAUUCUGGGUCGAGUCAACUUGGCACAUUUCGCCCACUCCGGCCUGUACAGCGUUCCCAACACGUCCAUGCAACAGAUCCAAGCCCUCGUGGAGCAACAAGUCGACAUGCCGGAUGAAGCCACGACGACGAAGUUGAAAAGCGAUAUUCCUGAAGAACCAGUGGGCUCAUCACACUCUACCGCUCAGUCGCUUGCGUCGACCUCCAGCGCCGCGCACAACGACGGUGGACCUGCCACACUCGACACGGAGGGGCUUCUCGUUGAGGACAAACUGCUCCCACACUUUACCACGGUGUUCCGAAAAGACUCGGACGUUGCAGUGGGUCAAGUCGUGUGCACGUUGUGCCGAAAAGCCCACGAAAGCGCCCCCGACCUCGUGGCAGCCCCUCUGGCCAUCCGAGCAACGCCCUGUAACCUUUCCCGGCACCUGGACUCGUGCGACCUGUUUCAACGAGCUUCAGCGCAAGAAAUGCGUCCCGUUGCAGCGCUUGUCUACCGCGCCGUUCCGUGGCCACGUGUUCUGUGGAAGCAUUUUAUCCAACGAGUGGACCUCCCACGCUUUCUCUCGUACGUGCAAGUCGAGUGCCGGCAUUGCCGCGCCUCGCAAACUCGACCAGGCAGGUCGUCGCCGACCGUCUUGAUGUCGAGUCCGUGGCAGAUGCGGCACCACGUGCGAACAUGUCCAAGAAUCUCGAAUGAUAAGGAAGAACGAGCCGAUGGUGUGGUGAUGUCGGCCGCGCUGCCAUCAAGGAAAGCGAUACCGCUGGAACAUGGCGCGGAAACCCCAGACGACACGAGGGGUGGUGUUGUGGCGCUUCCAACGUCUGCCGAUCCGGUGGUAUACGCUGCAAUGGAAUACGCGGCCGUGCGAUGGGACGGCGGGUUCCAGCUUGCGCAGUUGGGGUACUAUGCCUUGACGCUAGCACGCCGGUCGUUCCUUUCAACUCCAUGCUGUACCUAGCUACGACGUAACAGAUCGCAUGAUGCGCGAAGACGAGCGUGACGGACACGGCAAAGUCGAAGUGACGUGGCUGCACAAGGAGAGCGACGCGGUGGUGUACGCUUUCGGACACGACCAGGUCAUUCCAGUCGACUGGAUUGUGUGCAGCGUCGAACUCGUGCACUUCGACGCACCCCAUCGGUUUACCCUGCCACCAGAGCAGCUGCAAAAGGUGCACCACAACCUUCGUUCCACUGGAGCUGGGACCACGACGUGUACAUAAUGAACACUGUUCAUACAGCCCAUC